AUGACUGAAACAAAUAAAUCAUUAAAAGAUAUUGAAAAAGAAGAUCUUAAGGGACAAUCAUUACAAGGUCCAAGUACAGCAAAAGAAGUUUAUCGUUAUCUUCAAGCAAAUAAUUUAUUAGAUCGAUUUCCAUUAUUUCGUGAUGCUCAUCUCAUUUGUGAACACAAAAUUAAACCACAAGUAUUUAUUGAUAAUUUAGGUGCACAUCCAGAAUUCGAACAAAAAACUCAAAAACGAUUAUAA